AUGAAGCUUCUUAACUGCUCCACCCUUCGCAUCGAGGAUAUGCAUCCGGCAAGAAAGCAGAAACUCGAAGAGCAGGGGGUUUCAACAGCCUACGCUAUCCUUUCUCAUAGAUGGGAGAGCGAUGAGGAUGAGGUCACCUUCGAAGACAUGGCCAGUGCCGAGAUAAGGUCCAAAAAGCUGCUUGGGUGGUCGAAGAUUGAGAAAACUUGCACCGAGGCACUCAGGAUCGGGAUCGCAUACGCUUGGAUAGACACUUGCUGUGUCGAUAAGCGAAACCUCACCGAGCUUACUGAAGCCAUCAACUCAAUGUUCAAGUGGUAUGCAGAGGCGGAAAUUUGCUUCGCGUGGCUCUCGGAUGUCGAUUCAGGGGGCGAUUUAACGAAAUCCGUGUGGUUCACGAGAGGUUGGACCCUGCAGGAGCUCAUCGCUCCGGGCAGAAUGGAAUUUUACGACAAGCAUUGGAGUACGAUUGGUAGCCGAGUUGACCUUUCACAACAAAUACAACUACGAACAUCCAUCAACGCUGAAAUCUUGAGACAUGACUCAUCAACACGCCGAAGCAUUCAAAGCCUUCUGGCUGGUAUUCCGGUCGGCCGGCGCAUGUCCUGGGCCGCCGAUCGUCGAGCAAAGAAAGAGGAAGACCGUGCUUAUUCACUCUUGGGGAUCUUUGGCGUCAGUAUGCCUUUGCUCUACGGGGAAGGCGACCGAGCCUUCCUCCGAUUACAGGAAGAAAUCAUCAAGGAGACCAACGACAUGUCAUUGUUCGCUUGGUGCGACUCCACCGUCACUUCUACAGAUGGCUCAGCAGAGUUUCGCGGCAUCCUCACCACUACUCCGGAUCAUCUCCGCGAUUGUCGCGAUCUAACAUCCCUAAGCGAUCUAAGACGUAGCCCAGAGUUUACUGCAGAUUUGUUGGAGGAAACUGUGCGGAUUCCGGGCCGGGACUUCAGGUUUUCCUUCGACACCGAGGAACCGAAGUUGAUAGUGCGCGUCAUCUCUCAAGCAGCCAGCAGAGCCUACUGGGACCCUGAUACAUACAGAUUUGUGAGUCGACGCCUAUGGGAGUUCGAAGGGUCCGUAGAAGUCGAGACCGCGACUGGGAAGAAGUUCUUAGUCGUCUGCGGAUUCGACACACACAACGGUAUGUGGGUCUACUUAGACGAGGUUCUUCGGGAUAAUGUACCGAUAUUCUAUGAAUAUAAAGUGGCGGACGAGACUCUGGAUAGUAUUCCAGUCAUAAGAAUUCAUUUCUUUAGUACCAGGUUGGUUGCAAGGAAGCCUGCCCCAGAGAUAAAAGUUAAUCUUCAGCCAAGGAUUCGGAUGCCACUCGAAGUGACCCAGGGCGCAUGUGAAGCGAAAGGGGAAAAGGCUCUCACAAUGCAGCUUUCGAAUUGCAAACUGAUGUAG